AUGACUUUCAAGGAUGUGGCUGUAGACUUCACCCAGGAGGAGUGGAGUCAGCUGGACACUCCUCAAAGGGCUCUGUAUAAGGAAGUAAUGCUGGAGAACUACCAGAAACUUCUUGCUCUGGAGUGGAAGGCGGAGCCUAAGGUGAUGGAAGAGGACAUUUACAAAACAGGGCUGUCUCAGAAGCUGAUUCAGAAGCAGCUAAAGAGGCCAGGUCGGAUGAGAGCCAGCUUGGGUAAUGCCGAGACCUGGGAGCUGCAGGAUGACACCAUGUUAGGGAGCAAGGCUGCGCUGUGGAAGCCAGCUCAUACUGUCAAUGGGGACAGCAUAAAAGAGAGUCUGGAGUCUAAGGAGGCCUUCCCCCUGGGGCGCCCUUUCUCCUCGCAGCAAGGCACUCCCACAGAAGAACACUCACCUGCCAGAUGCAGCGAAGACACCCCCGAGGGACUGACUUGGAACCACCAAAGGACACGCUUACAGUCAGGAGAGCAUGGGCGCCUUGAGUGGGCGCUGACACGGAGGAGAGCAUGUUUGCAUGCAGCCAGUGUGGGAAGGUAUUCCUGCAGAGCUGGGCCUGGGCGCUGCACUGGCGCAGGCAUAGCCGGGGAAAGGCCUUUAAAUGCCCCAGUGCCACAAGGCCUUCCCCUGGGGCACCGACCUCGUGGAGGACCAGCACAGCCACAGGGGCAAGAAGCCCUUUGACUGCAGCAGGUGCUGGAAGGCCUUCAGCUGCCACUCAUCUCUCAUUGUGCACCAGCGCGUCCACGCGAGAAACCUUACAGAUGCCACCAGUGCAGCAAGGCCUUCAGCCAGAACCACUGUCUUAUCAAACACCAGAAGGUUCACUCCAGAGAAAAGGCUUCCGGAGCGCAGCGAGUGUGGGGAGGCUUUCAGCUGGAGCUCACACCCCAGAAACUUUUCACCAUCCAACUCAAUAGGCCAGUAGGCGCCUGCUGAGCCUACUCCUUGCCUAGAUACCUGCUAGGUUCAGGAAACACCCAGGCGACUGCCACAGACUCCAUAAACACCUUGGGUAUAGCAAAGCUCUUGAGUGCGGGACAGCCUCCAGCUGGGAGAAACUACCCUCUGGAGAACAAACCCAUCAAUCGGAGUGACACUAACUAGCUAUUUCCCCAAUUACUCGAGUAAUGCGUUAACUCUCUAGCACUCAGAACCAGACAGCUGUCCCUCAAGGCCUGGCCUUGAUUCCGCCCCCACCCCUUCCCCGCCCGGAGAGAUCUGACGUCAUCUCGCCAUCAUGCCUUCCUUGGGGCCAGCGGUCACUGAGAGACAGGGAAGGGGGUGGGGUGAGGAGUGUUUCACACAGCCUAGGCUGGUUUGUACAGUCGAGAAGGCCCUUGAAGAUCCUGUUCAGUCCUCUUGUCUCAGCCUCCCGUGUACUGAGGUGACAGGCAUGUGUGAGCCACCACACCUGGUUAUGCUAUUCCAGGGGUUGAAUCGGGGCAUCAUGCAUGCUAAAUAAACUCUGUCCCAGCCCAGUCACUUUCCCAUUGCACCUGUCUGGUCUAGUGUUUUGAG